AUGGCGGAAAUACUUGGACUCGUUUCUGGCUCCAUCACUGUCGCCGAGACAGCAAGCGCCGUGCUGAAACUCAAGCGGCUCUGGAAUGAAGUUCGCGAUGCGCCCGCUUAUAUCGAUUUGCUCAUAGACCAGCUCAGCCUUGUCCAUCCCCUAGUCAUCGAAACAGAGACGGAGUUGAGUGCAGACGAAAAGUUGCUUGCCAGUAGCAGUGCCGCGCGAUUAAGUCUGAACUAUUGCAAAAAGAUUCUUUGGGAUCUCGACGGCGUCGCACAUGAUCUAAGACAACAAAUUGAGGACAAGAGGCGACUGAGCCGGGGUAAAACAAGAGUGAAGGUUGCAUUGGGCAAGGAGACCCUAUAUUCCCUUCAGAAGCGAAUGCAAGAUUCGCUACAGCUGUUGGGAAUCGCUCAGCAGACUUAUCUCAUAGCUCUUGCUAAAAGCCAACCACGGUUGGUGGCUGACCAGAUUCGGUCCCUAGACGAUACCACAACUGCACUCGAGCAAGAAAAUGAGACCAAACCGGAAAAAGACCUCGUACGCAGGCCAGCCAAGUUGAAAGCGGCCAAAAAUGCUUUUAGCAGUUACACACUUCCAUGGCGAUACUCGGGGCUUUUUGGGUCUUAUACCUCUCACACAUGUUAUACUAUGGAUAAGGCCUACCGCGCACGAAUCCAAAUGCCAACGUGGCUUGCGAACGGAGUAUGGGAUUUCUGCGCACAAAGGGCCAGUCAUGGCUGGACAUAUUCGCUCCGCCGAUGGUCAGUGAGGCCAGAGAGUGCAGAAAUAUUCCAGGCUGCUUUGGAAGGCAACCUUUCAAAAAUCAAUCAACUAUUUGAAAAUGGACAGGCCUCACUCUAUGACCGUAACCCAGAGGGAGAGACAUUGCUCCAUCUUGCCGCACUCUCUGGCAGCCAGCCAACUAUCACAUACCUAAUUGACCAGGGAUUGAGUAUCCAUGAACCCGCAUAUCACAGAAUCACAACGCUAGAUUUGCUGGCACUUCAUGCUGUACACAGGCCAGAGGAACAUUUUAGAGAUGUGCUAUGGUCUUUGAAGUCUAUGGGCGAGCUAACAGACAGCGUGGCCGCCCUCUUUGACCCAGACGCGAAGCCGUGGGAUACUGGAGAUCUAGGUUAUUUUUUAUUUGGUAGCUCCAGCUUAACCGAUCUUGUCCUUGACGAAAUCCACCAAGCACCACCAGAACAUCGCUUUAGAUCCAUCAACUGGUGGACUGCCGACCCUAAGAUACUCUAUAACAUACUGCAAGCCGAUGGGCACAUUAAUCCGACCAUGAUCCGUCAGCAGCUUUCCAAGCAGCCGGGAGGCUCGCUCAAUACACUUGCUGAGAGGUACUUCUUCAACGUACCUGGUUGUCCCGACACCAUGGGGGGAUUGCUGAGCAAGCGUGCAGACUUCCAGGAUUGGAGGAUGCUUGUCUGCUGGCUGCUUAGGGGCAUGGAAUCAGAAGAAUUGAGUAUAUCAAAAUCCAGCGGGUGGGAACAACUGUUCACUCCGUUAUUCGCGGGACUGGAGGGGAGCGUCGAUUUCUGGGAAGUGUCACCUCGUUUGAUAAAGCAGGGCAGAAACAGGCUGCAACAAUCUCUUGUAUUCUGGCUCGAAGAUUUAAAGGCCACCGGGAUAGAUCUCCAGAAGUAUGGCCAGCAGGAAACACGCUUGCUACGUGAGGAGUCUGGGUGGGUCUUGGCAGAAUGGAAUAACAUUGGGGAAAUCAGAGGUAGACCCAGACUAGCUUCAUUCCAUUAUGGGCCUGAGCCGGAGGAUUGGGAACUUGUGUGGCAAGAAGUCUUUGUGGAGGAUUUUGUUGGAGAUUUCUUUUCUUUCGCUGAGCUGCCGCCUUUGAUGCCCGGGGCAUGGGUUGAUUAG